AAGAGAAGAGAAGGGAAGUGUAGAGAAGAGAAGAGAAGAAAAGAGAAGAGAGGAACAUAGGGUUUCGAGGGAAGCGCGAAGAGGAAGCGAGAAGAUUGGUCCAAGGAGGGGAGAAGAAGCGAGACGGUGAGAAGAGCGAAGCGGUGCGGAGAGGGGAGAAGGUUCCGUUCUCUCUACUGAAGAGAGAUCGGCUCUUCCGCGGACGAGCGCGUGCAGUCGCUAGCCGAGGCCUAUACUUGUCCGUCGAAGGGUAUUGGUUCUCCAAGUCGGUACCGUACCCCCCGAGACACAGCGAAAGAGAAGGAAACGACGAGUCUCUCCCCUUGGCGCGUUCUCUCGACUGGGUCGACGCUCGUUCCUUCGCUGCUUGCUGCUUGUUCGUGCGUUCUUACGUUCGUUCGAUCGGUCGAUCGAUUGCCCGCGUCGUGCGACUCGCUACCACGCGACCGGAUCAUACGGAGAAACGUUCGAAAGGAAACGGAAACGGAAACGGUCGGGAAUUGUAAAGGUUACCGAUUUACCAAUUUAUCGGUUCGCUCGGCGUCCCUGUCGGCCCGCUAUCCACCCAGGCGACGCGACGGACCGAAACGUCGAGGAGGGUUGCCAGGUAUAUCCUCCGGCCGCACCGUGCCUCUCCCACCACCUCUGAUUCGGCGAGAACUCGGCAAGGGUGACACCCACCCCUCGAAAAAAGCCCUUCGGGGGGUGAGUUUCCGGCUCUCGAGGUCGACAGCUCCGGCUCUGCCAACUACAGUCACUCAACGGCCUGUCGGCAUUACGGUUCUUGCGACCCCCGUGCUUUUGACAGCUGACUCUUUACCGCCGCGCCGCGCCGGGCCGCUCCGUUUCGAUACGGGCCAUCUUAGUGGACAUCUAGUUCAUCCUAUCACGAGGACGAUGAUUUAAACUUGUACUGUCGUUCCCGGUCAAUCGUCUUCCAAGUGUCACUCUUGUCUGUCAGACGUCUCUGAAAGACACGCGUGGACGCUCGUUAUGUGCGCGACACCGUACGCGAAAAGUAUCGUGUGAUGUUCGUAACACGGUGAGUGAGACGAUCCAGUGUGCGUGGUGUAUCGUAUCCGGGGAGAAGGUCGAGGAACAGUCUGGAAAGAGGAAAAACGCGGACAACCCCACCUCGAUCGCGAACGAAAGAUGAGGCUCUGGGUGAUCAUCGGCGCCCUCGCGGUCGCGAUCCACGCGUCCAUCGCGGAGAUCACCAGGAACAAGAAUCGUGGCAGAGGAUCCAUGUGGUGGGGAAUCGCCAAGGCAGGAGAGCCGAACAAUUUUUUGCCGAUGUCUCCGGCAUCCCUGCACAUGGAUCCCACGGUGUACGCGACCUUGAGGAGAAAGCAACGAAGACUGGCCAGGGAAAACCCGGGAGUGCUGAUGGCGGUGGCCAGGGGUGCGAACCAAGCGAUCGCCGAGUGCCAGCAUCAGUUUCGCAAUCGUCGAUGGAACUGUUCCACUAAGAAUUUUCUGCGUGGGAAAAAUCUGUUCGGAAAGAUCGUCGACAGAGGUUGUCGAGAGACCGCCUUCAUCUACGCCAUCACCAGCGCGGCCGUGACUCACAGCAUCGCGCGAGCGUGCAGCGAGGGCAGCAUCCAGUCGUGUUCCUGCGACUAUACCCACCAAUCGCGACCACCAUCCGCUGUGAGGGACUGGGAAUGGGGUGGUUGUUCCGACAACAUCGGCUACGGCUUCAAGUUCUCUCGCGAAUUCGUCGACACCGGCGAACGGGGACGGAAUCUCCGCGAGAAGAUGAAUCUGCACAACAACGAAGCGGGUAGAGCGCACGUGUCCUCGGAGAUGCGUCAAGACUGCAAGUGUCACGGGAUGUCCGGUUCCUGUACCGUGAAGACCUGCUGGAUGAAGUUGCCGAACUUUCGCGUGGUCGGCGACAACCUGAAGGAUCGAUUCGACGGCGCGUCCAGGGUGAUGGUGAGCAAUUCGGAUCGCGUGCGAGGGAAUGGGAACGCGAUCGUCAGCAACUCGGCGAGUAACUCGGUGCACGGGCACCGGGAGGGUCUGGGUCGUCGACACCGGUACAACUUCCAGUUGAAACCAUACAACCCGGAGCACAAGCCACCCGGUCCGAAGGAUCUGGUCUACCUCGAGCCUUCGCCGCCGUUCUGCGAGAAGAAUCCAAAGCUCGGCAUCCUGGGCACCCAUGGUAGACAGUGCAACGAUACUAGCAUCGGUGUCGACGGCUGUGACCUGAUGUGUUGCGGCAGGGGCUACAAAACCCAGGAGGUGACGGUCGUCGAGAGAUGCGCCUGCACCUUCGUCUGGUGCUGCCAGGUCAAGUGUCAACUUUGUCGAAUCAAGAAGACGAUACACACGUGCCUGUAGAUCUCUUAUUUUUCCUACGAUGAAGAGACUCCUACCUCCUUCCGGGCGAAGGACGCGUCCGUAGUCUCUUCCCAUCAAGGUGAUCGUAUUUUCCUUGUAUCGAUGUUCCGUCGAGAUAUCGACGGAACGUCAACGCGAUGCAAGUCCGAACAGUCGAUACAACUUGAAAUGAUUUAACGCAGUUCGGAUUAACCGGCCGCGUGACGGAGGGCCUCGUUGGAUCGGGGUCUUCCAUGUCUCCCAGUAUUACGCGAAACGAUCGAGAGACCAUGUGAAGACUGAGACGGUGAGAAACGUUGUUGGACAGUUCGCGAUCGUAAGCUUCUUAGAACGAUAGACGUAAAUCGACGGAUCUUCGUGGUCGACGUCGUCGUUUGAUCUUUUCAUUCUUCUUUUUAAUUUUUUUUAUAAAUUGUACAUACGGUAAUUGUUUUAUUUUCGCGAAUGCGUUCACAUUCUUCUUUCUGUCGCUUCGAAACAACGAGCUUCGAACUCGCCGCGUGCCUCUUCUUCUUCUUAACCGACUACACGCGUGCGAGAUUCAUCAGAUUCGUUAUUUAUUCCGAUCUUAUCGGCUCGCGUACUUGUAUAUACAUAUAGAUUAUAGUUAUAUAAAUAUAUAUAUAUAUAUAUUAUUUUUUGAUAUCGCGCGAGAGAAACCUCGUUGUAAAUAAAACAAUCGACGCCGAAUUGAGACGGAGCCGACGGUCCGCGUUUGGAGCUCGUAAAUUAUUUUUAUACGUCUCUUCUCCGUGCGUUCCUUAUGCUCAGAUACGCGCGGCGUUGUCCUACAGGCUUGGAAGAAAUCGUUAGCCCAGUGUUUUAGAUGCUCGACUUCUUUCUCGUUUCGAGAAAACGGUGAUUAUGGUACUCGUACGCACAGCAGACGUGUUUUUUUUUUUUAUUUUUGUUUUUUAAUCGACUCUUGUAAUUUAUAAAGACGGAUGUGUAAGGAGAAGAAAUAAAGACGACUAUGAAGUUGAUGGA